GUCUCAUGCGGCCAAGCCAGCUCGGGACGGCGUAGAGGCCAGCGCAGAGGGCCCUCGAGCCGUGUUCGUGCUGUUGGAGGAGCGGAGGCCGGCCGACUCGGCCCAGCUGCUCAGGUGCGGGGCCUCCUGGGGCCGGGAGUUCCACCUGAGGCUCCCAGGGGCCUCAUCUGGGGACAUCGGGGGCCCCGGAUUGGGAUUGGAGGCCCUUGGCCUACGUUUAGAGGACGUUUGGGCACUCGUUUUGGGGGAGCACCUAAGGAAUCCGGUUGUGGCCUGCUUGGACUGAGGCUUAAAGAAGUCGUGGGAGUGCUUCGAGAGGGCCAGAAUCAGAUUUGGGAGGUCCUUGGUUGGGUCUAGAGGGGCAUAUUCUGGAGUAUCAAGAAACUGGCCUGAACUUGGGGAACUCAUUAGAGGCAGAAUUUGGAGUCCUUGAGUAGUCGGGCAUGAGGGGAAUGAAUUUGAGGGGACACUGUCAGGUGAGGCACUGAUUUUAAGGAAAUCCUGGAAUCUUUUUUCCUCAAUGUGGGAGAAAAGGUCCUGGGGGACAGCGGUACUGUUCCGGGAGCUUAGUGAUUCCCAGUGACUGCUUGUUGUUUGGGAAUUACUUGAAUCUGGAGAGAUUUGGGGGUAUCUCAGAUAUGCCGCGUGUGUGUGUGUGUGUGUGUGUGAAUGAGAGACAGCAUUCAGCAAGACUUGAUCAGAAUAAUCAUUUCACUGCUGCCCACCCACCCUGCUGGGGCAGAUCCUAGGGAUAGUGAAAAAGCUGCCUUCCUACACAGCAGGGGCUUGAAUGGGAGAAGGCCGGCCGACCGAGGGAUGGUGAUACUGUUAUCUCUAAACUAGGGAGAGGGGGGAGGCCUCAGACCUUAUUUGGGAACCCAGAGGAGGGUCUUAUUCCUGCUGCCACUCACCCUAGCCUCUCAGCCAGCCCUGCCUACUCCCUACCCACACACCCCCUCUUCCUUUUAUUUCACCCUCCCAUUCUGUCUCUCAGUUCCCCGGUGUAAUCUUGAGUCUGUCUCCAGAGCUGGAGUGAGUACCGAUUGCACCAUCCCGGCCUGGGUGGGUCCUCUGUCUGUCCUUUUCUCAUAUUCUCACUUCCAUCAGCCCGUUUUGGAGCUCUGAUCCUCCCUGUCCACACCCCUGUGUACCCCACCACCCAUCUCUUCCAACUUCUGUGCAAUGGGUGCGUGAGCAUGGAAGGGGGCUUUGCCUCCUUUCUGUCGGGAUUGUGCUGAGCUCAGCGGCUGCGGGAGCUUCCUCUUCCCAACUUCCUGGGUGGUUUUAGAGCCCCAUCUGAGGGUGAGGGGAGGAAGGAAGACAGAUUCUUGGGGAGGGGAGAGAAUUCUUGCCAAGUGAAGUCACCCACAAUUUUGAGGAUUCGAAAUCUUAGGAUACAUAUUCUUUUUUCUUUUUUUGCGGUGCUGGGGAUCGAACCCAGAGCCUCCCGCAUGCUAGGCAAGUGCUCUACCACUGAGCUACACCCCCAGCAAGGAUGCAUACUCAGCCACGUGCAUCCUGAACUCUUUGCUUCCGGAAUCCGGGAUUGUUGCUGACAUUGAAUUAGAAAACAUCCUUGAUCCUGACAGUUUCUACGAACUCAAAAGCCAGCCUCUCCCCCUGCGCUCCAGGGGGCUCCAGGACCCCUGCCAUGUCGUCAUCCUCUUCAUCGAGGGUCUUGCUGCGGCAGCAGCUCAUGAGGGCCCAGGCCCAGGAGCAGGAGAGGCGUGAGCGUCGAGAACAGGCUGCAGCUGCUCCUUUCCCCAAUCCUGCACCUGCCUCUCCUGCUAUCUCUGUGGUCGGCGUUUCUGCUGGGGGCCACACAUUGGGCCGUCCACCCCCUGCGCAGGUGCCCAGGGAAGUACUCAAGGUACAAACCCACCUGGAAAACCCAACACGCUACCACCUGCAGCAGGCACGCCGGCAGCAGGUGAAACAGUACCUGUCCACCACACUUGGACCCAAACUGGCUUCCCAGGCCCUCACUCCACCUCCAGGGCCUGCAAGUGCCCAGCCACUGCCUGCCCCUGAGGCUUCCCAUGCCACUGGCCCCACAGGCAGUGCUCCCAACAGCCCUAUGGCGCUGCUCACCAUCGGCUCCAGUUCAGAGAAGGAGAUUGAUGAUGUCAUUGAUGAGAUCAUCAGCCUGGAGUCCAGUUACAAUGACGAAAUGCUCAGCUAUCUGCCUGGAGGCACUGCAGGACUACAGCUCCCAAGCACGCUGCCUGUGUCAGGGAACCUGCUUGAUGUGUAUAGCAGUCAGGGUGUGGCUACGCCAGCCAUCACUGUCAGCAACUCCUGCCCAGCUGAGCUACCCAACAUCAAACGGGAGAUCUCCGAAACUGAGGCCAAGGCCCUUUUGAAGGAACGGCAGAAGAAAGACAAUCACAACCUAAUUGAGCGUCGCAGGCGAUUCAACAUUAACGAUAGGAUCAAGGAGCUGGGCACUCUCAUCCCCAAGUCCAAUGACCC